ACUUGCGUCAAAGUCUUGAAGUCAAAUCUGUCAUUGUGGCUAGGGCCAUUCAUUAAAGCAGGGUUUUAUAAAAGAAUUACAAAAAUAGUGAGGAUCAUGCAUGGUGGUUUUAAAUAGUGAACUUGUGGUCAGUAGUGUGUAGUUUUUGAACAAAAGUGAACUUUUCCAGACUUCGUUAUAUAACUUGUUUUGGUUACUUUGACGUUUUUUCGCGAACUUAAACAAAAUAGUAGUGCCAUGCUUUCUUGAGCUAAACAUGGUUUGUAUCCAUAUUGCCAAAUUUACUGAAAAUUGUUAAUUUUUUCUAUCGAAAAUUGCAUUACUGAUAUAAAAUGGAAACACGCGUUGGAGGUGCGAAAUCUAAUUUGCGGGACGAUAAGCAAGAUGUAGGACCAAGUUAUGCACUGGCAGUUCUGAAUUUCAAAAGUACCCAGCAUCCUACGAAGGGAAACAACAAAGAAAAUAUUAAAGAAGCCUUUAAAGUAGAUCCACAACCUGUCCUUGCACCUAAAGUAAUUGAUAAGCCGGCUCAGGCUGAGGCAGCACCAUGUGACGAUGAUGCUUCAUUUACCCCCGUCAUCAGCCACAGUCGCAAAGAGCGGAAAAUUGAAAGAAAAAAGCAAAAACAGACGUUGGUCAACGGAGUUGGCGAUAAGCACGAAAAACACCAUGAUAAAUCAUAUGACAAAAAGGAGCUCUAUCCAAAGCCAAAGUUUGAUAAAGAUGAAAAAGACCGCGAACAAAGCAGCAAAAUUCCCGAACAACAAUCAGUUGACACAAAGAAAGUAUUUGUAGCUGCUCCCUUACCAAAGAGCAACCCAUGGCAAAAAAAGUCAAGUUCUAUUCAACCUCAUCAAAUUGUAAAUACGCCUCCAAUAAACGCUCCAGCUCUUCCAGUUACUAGUAGAGUGCUGCAACCUAAGAAACAGGAUGUAGUGCCUAAUGGACAAACGAAUGGACAUAGUUCGGUCAAACCUGAUGAAAAGAAGGAGCCCCAAGUAGCAAAUAUUCAACAGGCUAGUGAUUUGUCUGAUAUUUGUGACUGGCCUACGUUAGGAGAUCCUCCGCUAGAGAUCUCACAACCCGUGCAGAAACCAGCGGAUAUUAAAAAGAAGCGACCCACCAGUCCAGUAACUGCUCCUCCAGCACCACAACAGAAAGAAAGAUCUCAAGUCCCUACCGAGCAGCAGCAGCACCAGCAGCAGCAAUCUUCAGAUGACAAGAAGAAGCCAGUUAAGCAGAAAUGGGUACCCUUGGAUAUUGAUCUUACGAAAGCCCACAAGAAUGACAGGCGAAGAAAUAACCACAUCAACUACGAUCAUCGAUCUGGCGACGUUGAAUCUACUGUGAGCGAUGGAGAUAGAGACUGGAGAGCAGAGAGCUUAAAUCAUCAAAACCACAGACAAGCUCGACCAGCGUCUGCAGCUCCUCGAGGCCGUUGGAGGAGCAGAGGAGGAGGACGCAUCUCAAAGUUCAAUAGAACCAAUCGUGGCGCCAACGACACUGACUCCUUGGAAAACGGAAUAGAUUUUCGACAGCUAUCCAAAUUCACUGCCUCUUUAGACAGUCAAAGCUACGUUGUUCCGUAUAUGGGCACUUAUUACUUUAGCGGCAAUAACUACUUAAAUCUCGAUGGACCUACACUCAAGGAAUAUAUCCGAAAUCAAAUCGAAUACUACUUUAGCGAUGACAAUCUUAACAGAGAUUUCUUUUUGCGCCGGAAAAUGGAUGCUGAUGGUUACUUGCCAGUAACGUUAAUUGCAUCCUUCCACAGAGUUCAGGCAUUGACCGAUAAUAUUGCGUUAAUCGUAGACGCUAUUAGCUCUUCUGAUAAAAUCGAGCUCUCUCCAGGCUUUAAGGUUCGGGCUAAACACGACCCUGCCAAGUGGCCUAUCUUACAAAAAGGUUGCGAAAAGGAGGAAGACAUUAUAUCGAAACUCUUGCCUCCGCCUCCAGUUCCCAAAAACAGUAAAUCAUCAAAUCAAGUGGAGAAUUUAAAUCCUGACGUAGCUGAAUUUAUUCCUGUCGACAAAGAUCAAUCGGAAAGUAUAAUGAACAAGGAGAACAAAAAUCCUCAAAAUGGGGAUACUUCAUCUCCAGCUUUACCUGAGCCUCAGACUGGUCGUAAUAAAAAUGAUGAAGAGGAAGCGUGGCUUCAAGUGAAGAGAAAGAACAAGGAAAACAAAGGCAAGAAAGAGCAGAAGCCGAAACCCUUUGAGUUCCAACGAGAGGAACUUGACUUUCAUUUUGAUGAGGAACUAGAAAAUGUUCCAAUCGGAAGACAGAAUACUUUUACGACUGACUGGAAUGAAGAGGAUUCGUCUGAUGAAUUGAGUGAUAGAGAUGUGGAUAAACUUUUAAUUGUGACACAAGCUCCGACAACUACCUCUACUAGAGCUCCGAAACACGAAGGAUAUGAUCGAACUGGAGAUUAUACUAGUCGUGUUAAAAUGACUCAAGAUUUAGAACAAGCUAUUAAUGAUGGACUCUAUUAUUAUGAAGAAGAUUUGUGGCACGAAGGCGACUUUGAUCGUAGCUCUGUUGGAAGCUACAAAACCGUUACUGUGAUAAGCCAAGAAGACUUUAAAAAGCGGGCGCCACCCGCUCCGAGGAAGCCAAAUCCCGAAGUACCUCCACCACCGCCGCCACUACUUGAAGGUUUGCCGUCUUCAAGCACGGCAUCGAUUAAGACACCAGGCCAUCGCAACGUUCCUAGAUUUUACGCGGUGGGUAAAGAUGACAGACCCGAUCCUACGACUCCUAGAAAACUCAAAACGAGACAUUCGAAUAAUCCUCCGGUAGAACAACACGUUGGGUGGAUUAUGGAUGUCCGAGCACAUCGAUUGAGGACAACAUCCACCGGGAGUGCGUACGGUGUGAGUCCAAGCGAAGGCAAUUUAGCGACCAGCUAUGGUAGUGUUCCGCAAACAUUGCCCUCGUUCCAACAUCCUUCACAUGCUUUACUGCUGGAGAACAACUUUACACAACAAGCAUACUCAAAGUUUAGACAGAAGUGCCUUAAAGAACGCAAGCGGUUUGGUAUCGGCCAGUCAAACGAAAUGAACACUCUCUUCCGUUUCUGGUCAUUCUUUCUGCGGGAAAACUUCAACCGAACUAUGUACAAUGAAUUCAAGUCUUUGGCUCUCGAAGAUGCCGAACAAGGCUACCGCUACGGGUUAGAGUGUCUUUUCCGCUUCUACUCAUAUGGUCUCGAAGUCAAGUUUAGACCUCAUCUGUAUGAAGACUUCCAGGAGGAAACAGUUCGAGAUUACGAAAACGUGCAGCUGUAUGGACUCGAGAAAUUCUGGGCUUUUUUGAAAUAUUACAAACAUGGAAAUCAUCUAACUGUCAAGCCGGUUCUUAAGAAAUACUUGUCCAAGUUCAAGACCGUCGAAGACUUCAGAGUGGUUGAGCCAAGAAUAGAUGAAAUAUUGCCACCACAUGGACGAGGAUACCGCCAGAGGCCAAGAAAUAGAACUCUCUCCGAAAGUCAAAUUGCAGCUGGACCGAGUACAUCUCGGGAGGACAGUCGAAGAGCAUCUACCUCGAAAGACAAAUAUGAUCAAACUGCUCAGAAUUAUCCACAACCAGGAACGAGCGCUCCAGCAGGAAUAAGUUUUAAAAAUUCAAGAACCCGUACUCAGUCUUUCGGAUCUGGGCGCAUCCAGAAGGGCUCGCGCGCCCGUACUGAUUCCUGGAGAUCCAAAGAAAAUGUGCCUCAAGGUGCAAGUGAAAAUUCAUCCACCGAAUAGCUCACGAGCAAGCCAAACUUGUUUUGCUUCACAACUCAAUGUUUUUUACUUUCUUGUAGUGGUAACCUAAAUAAUUGCUUCAAUUCUAAGUAAUGUUUAAAAAUGCGCUUUUUGAAUUUUUUAUAUUGCAUUAGCGCAAGUGUUAAAAAUGAAAAAUAUGCAAAAAACUGAUGUAAAAACGUGUAAUUAGUAUUUACGUAUUGGUGCCAUUGCCUAUAAAUGUAAAAAAAAUGGAGAACAUAAGUUUAAUAUUUUUCUAUAGUUGCUGUUGUGGUAGAUUGGAAUUCGAUUCACAUAUUUAUGUAGUGGAUUCUGGAAUUUGAAUCUGUUUUUCUUAUUGGAGCGGGUUUACGAUUCGUGCGUAAGCCACUCAAGUUUGUAAACCGUAGUACCCUGUAUUUCUAUUCCUUUGGAUUUACUUACUGAUGAAACGUUUUGCGAUAAUUCCAAUAUUGCGACAAAUAUUCGCGAUUAGAACAUAGGUAGGGGAUAACACGGAAGUAGCGUAAUGUGAUUAACAAUGUUCAGAGUUCCUAAACAGUUUUAUAGAAUUUUAUAGAAUAACAUAUUAGUAACCCAAUUUUACCUGUCACCUUUUAUUACUAAAUGUGACAUGCUACAUACUAUGAGUUUGCAAGAAAGUAAUAUUUUCUAGAUAUCUUGAAAAUUAUCGCAGUCACGUUUCUGCAGGUUCUGUUUCGUUUUUGUUAUUACAUUGUUGCAAGAGUUUUCGCGUUUUUUCCUUAUUUUUUAUUCUUAGCUGAUUUUCAUGGUUGAACUAAUUCAUCGCUGUGUGUACACCACAUUUAUCCAACAGUUCUGUUCGAAUCGGUUAUGUCCUAUCAUAACCGAUUUGCUUAGUACUAUUUUAUUUAGCGUAGUAUUAUUAGAUUUCUCAGAUUCAGAUGAAUCUUUUGAUAUCCUUCGAAAUUGUUCGUAAAAAAUAUUUGCGAGAAAUAAUGGCGAUUCUUGAAGCGCUGUUUAAUUUCAAAAUACGAUGAUCUGCAUUCAAAUCCUUUAGUUUGCUUACAUCUUAGUCGAUUGUACAGAAUUAUUAAAUAUAAUUCUAUUUUGAUAGAGAACAAUGAGUUUGGUUUUCAAACAAUCCCCUCAAUAAAACAAUUUAAAUACAUUUUCCAUGUUGGAACAGUUUGGGUUAGUUUGGGUUUUUUUUGGUUUAGUUUUUAAGAAUACAACUUUUCUUAAAAACUAGUAAUAGUUCUAAUAGUUGCUCUCGUUGGUCUCCGUGUUUUUUGUCUCAACUAUUUAGUUGAGGAAUAAUAAUUUGGAUUAUAAAUUCUUUGCAUUUUUACACCAUUUUCUUGGUGUGCUUUUCUUGGAACAUGUUUUCAGUUUCGAAAAUAAAACAAUACUUAAACAUAGUACUUGAUUACAAACCGCUUAUUUCUGACAAUUGAUUUAAAUAUAAACUAUUAUACUUAAAAAUAAAUCGAUAAAAGUGUUAAUUAUUUUUGAAGAAAAUGCAUACUCCAGCAGAUCAAUACAGAAAACACUACAUAAUAUUUAGAAAAAAAAUCAGCGAUGGACCAUAUUGGUUUUUAUUAGUUAUGAAUGUUACAAUUUUAUUAGUCAUGACUACAUUUAUAAGUAUUUUUUUGUUGUCGGAAAUAAAAAAAGUUUAUGUAAAUAUAAAGGCUCACUAUAGGAAUACUCGCGUAGUCGACGCAAAUGCCUAAUAGCAUGUUUACAAGUCGUACUCAUGCUAUUAAACGUUCGUUUAAUAUUGCUUUGGCAUCAUAUUUAGUCAUUUAUUUUGUGUUACUUGUAAUAACUGUUUGUUACUUUAAUUCAUUUUCAAAUACAAUUUUGAGUUAUGACUUAGGAUGGUAACGAGUAACAAUAGUGAGCACAUUUUGAUAAAACUAUACUAUAUGUAAUACAUAAUAUAUGUUUAUAUAAUGGAAAUAUAGUGUAUAUUGCAACAUUAUUUGAAAGUUAUUAGUUACUAAAUUCGGGCAAUUUAAUUUCGAUAUAAUUCUCUAUAAUUCUGUUAUAUAGACAUAUUUCUUCUUAGGGUUUAUUUUAAUUAACAUGUUAUUUUUGGGUGAUUUAAUGAUUCGUUUCAGUUAAACUCUUUCAAUAUUACUAUUGGUUUGUUCAAAAUGUACCUUAAGUUCUGUAAGGAAAUAGCAAGGAGUUUUACAUUUUGCAUAUAUUUGUAUUCAAGGCAGUAUUGUGACAAUUAUUAUUUACCAACAUCUAUAAUUUGUUGAUUUGCUACCAAAAAUUUACAGCAAAUUGCUUUCCAGAAUAACUAAAUUAGCUGGUUUACCUUAGUCACAAUAUUGGUCUUCACCAAAUUAACACAAAAUGCUUUAAAUCUGGAAGUUUUCAUGAAAUAUUACCCCCCGAAAGUAGUAUUGCCAAACCGACUGUACAAUGUCAAUUUUGAAAACUAAUUACUCUUAAUUAAAAGUUCAGGAAAGUGAAGUAUUGAAUCAAAUUUCCUUUGUUUCGAUAUUAGGCACGGAUAACAGUGAAAAAUUAAAAUAAAAAAUAAAAAAAAAUGUGAUAUUCAGUGGUUUUUUUAGUACUUUGCUCAACUCCUUGCAUUUAAGUGUAUUUGUAUAGCUUAAUUUAAGAUAGUUUUAGCGCGUGUUGAGGAAGUGUGUUGUCUGAAAUGUCUUCCAGUGACACUAAAAAAAAAUUAAAAAUGUUUUAAAAGCGUCAA